CCCGUUAGCUGCAGUUUAGCCGCUACCGCGAAGGACUACAGAGCUCCGGAUCCUGGGCAGAAGCGGCUUGCGUUGACGGUUGGUACUGUGCGGACUACUGGGGCACGAAUAUCACCCGUCUGCUUUUUUUUAAAGAGGGUUUAGCGUCUCCAAAAGUUGACAUCUGCAAGUAUGCAGUCGGAAUCGGGAAUAGUUCCCGACUUCGAGGUCGGAGAGGAUUUUCAAGAGGAGCCUAAAACGUAUUACGAAUUGAAGAGUCAGCCCUUGAAAAACAGGUCAGUUCUUUUGCCGUGGACAGUUAUUUCUCACGCUGGAGCGUUUUGGGGGUUAAGGUGAUAAUUAGGCUGCAGACUUUUUAAAGUGUUGUCCAAAGUCUAUGAAUGUGCGGGGCUUCCUCAUUGAUGUUACUGAAGCUGGUCCCGGGUUUCAGCCCUCGUUCCUUAUGGUCAUCCUGCUUGCAUGAAGUUAUGCAACACAUGGGUGUUGUCUUGUCAACAUCAACUUCAAAUAUUAGCUCACAGAGGAGCAGACAGGUCAGAGUUUAGCAAGGUGAUGCUCAGCCUGUCUUGUGUUGAUGGCUGAUAUUCAGGUGCUCCUAAAGCAGAAUGGUGACUUAUUGUUAUUUAUGAGAUUUUUCUUUAAAUCUCCCGAGAACGACCUAUUUUUUAAGUAUAACUGCAUAACAACAUGUGUGUAAAAAGUGCUAUAAGUCUACUAUGGCACUACACCUUGUGCAUUAACAGCUUUGAAGUGUCAAAAGUGUGUAAGAAAGUAUUAACUGUUAGAUGAGCUGUGGUAACAUAAAUAAAUAAAUAAAUCAAACCUGAUGUUUCUUUCAGUGGAGGAGUGUUGCCUUCUUUAUAAGUUCACAGUUAAUAUUAAAUGCUCUAAAGUUGUUUCACCAAUAAAAUAAAUCAGCAACCAAAGAGGCAGACAAAAUUUAGUUUUCAGCAAGUUGUUGGCCUAUUAAAAAGUUGUAUAACUUAAGUGCAUGUAGUACUGGACAAAGUGCUCCAAGUCCUGACAACAGUUUAUUCUUGUAAGGACACAGAACAGAAACAAAAAACAGCUUGCAGCACUGACGUUUACUAAUUUAGUUUCAGCUUUGACACACUGAAGCCUCAGAAACAUUUAGCUGAGUCAGAUCUAUGUGUUGUUUCACCUUUCACCCUUUUUCUGGAAGUAAUGCACAGCAAGUUUGAUGUCUUAUACAUGUGUCUUAUACACGUGUUUAAUGCAAUGAAAUGACAGAUUUCCUGUCUACUGUGUAGCAUAUCAAAACAAUACUGAGAAACUUUAGAAAAUGCCCUUUUUGCUGUCUUACAAUUUUCACUCUUACUAAGAGUGAAAACUGAUCCCAGAGCUGGGAAAUAUGAAGCAAAAUCUAUGAGAUGACUGGAAGGUGGACUUAUUUUUUUGUUUUAAUAUUUUAGGGGACCAUGUUUUUGUUCUUAUUCUAAACACCUCACUGACAGUGAACUGUAGUAUUCUCAAUACUCAUUUGGUGUGAUUGAUUCAAUUUAAAUUAAGUAAGAAAACAUGUAACAACCACAGAUCCCUUGGCAGGUGUUACUAUUAAAUAAAUAAUAAACUUUUUUCUAUGCAAUUUAUGAUUGCAUAUCAACCUUUAUGGAUGAUUUCAAAUCACAAUGAAAUACUGUUGGGGUGUAAUAUAAGUCGUAAGUUAUAACAUUUCAUGCCCCUCUGUGAUGAGGAUGGUGAUGACGAUUAUGCAUCUAUUACCAGGAUGGUGUCAGAGGUUUUGUAUUUUGUGUCUGCUCCUCUCUGUUACGUAGUUUAGAGGUGGUGAUACAUGGCCUCAUUGUCAGGGCGAGACAUCCAGAGGACAGUACGCCACUGUGUUCGGACAGAACUCUUGCUGCAGACAUUCGCUAGACUCCAGUUAUUUUUUUUUUCCUUCCUCUCGUUCUUGAUAUUUUCUUGCAGAUUUGCGGUUUCUCUCGUUUUCUCUAAAUUCAAUCAAAACACCAGUUAGAAGAACUGUUUGAGGAAGAACUGUCAUCUUGGACAGUCUUAGCCUUUAACCUAGUUCUGCAUUUUUUAAACUAAUGUCUUCAAUUUUUUCAUUAGUGAAAUGUCAUUACACUGUUAUACACCCUUGGCCUGAAUCUGAGGCUGUGUUGUUUUCGUUGCUGGUGUAGCAGCAGCAGCAGCCAUUCCAAGUAUACGCAAAGUAUCAGCACGGUUUCUGAAUCAUUGCUGUUUGUUUUUCUUUAUGUCAUUUUUCUCCUGAAUGUGUGAAGUCGUCUGAACCGUGGCUUUGAUUGAAGGUAUCCCACUUCCCCUUUCUAUCACAUGAAGAUGACCCAGCAUAAUAAAUAGUCAUGAUGACUGUGCCAUAAGACAGUUUUGUGCAAAAUGGUUAUAAUUAGUUUGAUUGAUUACCGAGUUGUCUGAUGUCUUCUAAUAGCUGCUUAAGAAGUUUCUAAAUUUGAAGUUUUGUGUGCGACAAAAUGUCAUCUUAGCUUUCAUAGAUCUAUUUGUUUUUUGGCUGUCUGCGUAUCAGUUUGACAGAGCACACAGACUGCUGCUGACGUCGUGCCAACCUUUUUGUGCCUAAUAUAGAUGUGAGACAGGCGGCAAAACUAGUCUUCUAUGCAGUGUAAAUAAGCUAUAUAAAUUUAGCAGGGAAUGUGUUAUAUCAGAAACUGUGAGUCUAGGGAUCUUUUUUUUUUUUUUUUUGCACCCUCAGUCAAUACAGAGGCUGAAAGUUUUGCUUUCUAAUGAACAGACUAGAUUUUGAGCAUAGCCUAUAUUAAAUCCAUAUGGAUGAAUAAAUAUGCAAAUGUCUUACACAGAAAGAUCCCCGGCCAGUAAAGAUUAGCAGACACUAGGCAGAAGAAACCAAACAAACACAUGUGUUGCUUUAGUAUCAGCCUCACAAUGAAAUUUUCUUGUUGCUCAAUUAACAUGUUUCCGUAACAAUUUAUGCCAGAAUGAUCACUUUUAACAUUUAAUGCCAUACGUACAUCUUUCAGCCACAACAUUAAAACCCCUGCUUGUUAUAAGCCACAAAAACAGCUGUGGCCCAUUGGAGCAAAGACAUUGGGGGUAUUCUGUGGUAUUCUGAACCUUUUUAUUGGCAGACCCUUUGGUCAUGUGGGUUGUGGGACUGGGUUUUCGCGGAUGGAGCUUCGAACUUUUUGUCAUUUGGGAUCUUGGCGUGGAAGUAUGUAUCAAAGUUACACCUGCAUGAAUGCUGGAUCCCAAGGUUUUCUGGCAAAACUGCAAUUGCUAGCAAGAUUGUCAGUGUUAAUCAUUUCAUUAACUGUUGUUAGCGCAUCUCUGUCUGUUUAAAUGUAAAGACUUCCUCAAAAGCUUCUUCAAAUCAUACAAAGCUGAAAAUAAAGAAUUGAAUGAAUGUGAAAACUUUACAAUGGGACUUGGUUUAUGUUGCUCAGUAAAUAUCUGUUUUAAUAGCUUGCAAUGGGUCUUUGUGGGUCGGGUCUACACUUCGGGUUCUCUGUUUUGGAUCUUGGCCUGGGGGGUAAAACAUGAAUGGAACUCAAAGUCUCCUGAAAAAACUUUCUUCUACACAGCUGAAAAUAAAGAAGUAUCAGAUUUAAGUCAGCAAAAAUUGAAUCAUAAAUUCCCCCCCCAAAAAAAAAAAAAAAAAAAGACUGCAGUCAAAACUUUUAACGCUGCAAAACUCUGUUUACUUUUUUACUUUUGUUUUUGGUAAAGAAGAAAUUAUAAUGAACCUUAGGGCACUUUAUAUAAUAAUGAUAGCUGAGAAAAGAAAAUAACCUCAGGCUUACUGUUAAUGCACACUCCUUACAGGCAUGUUUGGAAAGAUGAUGGGCCUUGAAUGUGGAUCGAGUUCUUUGGAAGUGACAUUUUACUUUACCUAAAAAUGACAAGGAUGCAGAGAAAUACAGAAGAAAUAUUGUAGUUUUCACAACUUAUUAGUGUCUAACAAGCAAAUGAAGAUCUUGGUCAUUUGUAGUAAUAUUUUGGUAAGAAAAUAAACCUUUCAAAUUAAAAUAAGGAAGAGGGAAAGAGAAUUUAGUAAAAUGAUGGGGACAUCCACAAAUCAAUUUAAGUUCUUCUGCAAUAGAACUGAAGUACAGAAUAGGCAUUUAAGGUCAAAGCAAUGAGCCAGUGGUCGUGAGCUGAGUCAGAGUUUGAGGGUUAUGAAACUAUGUGUCCAGAGCAGCUUGUUCCCACGAGGUGUCCUAGACAGAGAUGCCAAAAAGGUUCAUCCAUGAUCUAAGAAAGACCGAGGGGCUUAAGUGACACAGACAGGUGUUGAGGCUGGAGUAAAAUACAGUCAGAACAACUUGUCCUGUAAUCAUGGUUAUCUUUCUGCAUUCUCACCUCUUAUGUGGCUUUUCAAGCACAUCUGCUUAAGAUUUCCUCAUAAAGAAUAAAAUAAAAAUAAAGAAAAAUCAUAAACUCUACAUCUUUUAUUUACUGAUUGAUUUGGGUUUGCAGUUUUAAUAUUCCUGACGUGUGAUCUUUGUCUGCCUCUGUUGGUGCCCAGAAGGAACUGCAAUAACAGAGGAGGCCUUUGAGUGUCGCUUUUAUUGACACAAGUCAUUAUUCUUAACAGUUAAAAGAAAUGUAGCCUUCAGGCAUGAUCACGUCUGAAGCCUGCAACUAGAUGAUUCAUUAUUGAUUAGUGCAGAAUUAAUUCGUUGUUUACUCAAUAAAAUACACGAAGAACCAGAACCAGUGAAUCUUUGGCACGUUCGCUUGAAAAAAGACGGAAAUGACUCAUUAACUAUUUAAGCAGUAAGUUGUUAUUACAAGGAUAUAUAGAGGUUAUAACAAGUAAUUACUUGCAUGCAUUAGCUGUUGAAAAAAAACACACUUCACUGUUAAACAGCUAAAACAAAUACCUUUACACGGUGACUUAAUUAUUAAAUUUUAACUUGUGGUUAAGACACACAUAAUUGUGUCCGUUUAUUUUUUUUUCAGAGUCAUAUUUUACAGCAACGAAUCGUUACCAUGGUUCAUUUACGAAGAAAGAAUGUGUUGAUUGUCUGUCAUCACCUUCAAGGAAAGCCGAGGAUAAAUCAGUCUCACAAUGAAAAGCUGUUAUGUUGUGCUUGCACAUCAUUGUUAUAUCAAUGAACUUGAAAAUCUUCUGCACUCAUUCAACCUGCUGUAGGGAAACGUAUCAAAGGCUCCUCCUUACUGUCCUUGGAAGCUCUACUUACUCAUUGUUAAAGCACACAGGAAAGAGAGGGAGCUGCAGCUAGAGCAGGCCAUCCUGCCGAACACAAGUGAGGGGAAUUACUAAGAGCACAGAGCCUAAUUACAGAAAUAAGACCCAGCAAGUUCUAGUUAUUCCAUCCAGUCCUGGCUUCCUGGAAGCACAUUGCAAAGUACCUGAUUUUCUCUUUAGAUGCUUUUACGACUGACACUGUUUUGUUGUGCUUUUGUACUUGAGAGUGAAAUAAUUAUGUAUAAAUUUUAUUUUAACAGUUCUUUAUGGAAUAGCCAUUGUUUUGUAGACCAAUGGGUUGUUUGAUUUUUUUAAAAAGGCUAUUAUAGCAGCAGUCAGUGACAGUUGCUGCUUUACAGGUCAGGAUAUCUGUGAGUCACGACAUUAAAACCAUGUACCUAAUAAUGCGUAGGGCCCCACCAUAUCUCCAAAAAGGCAUUGCUAUAUAUAACUUUAUAGGCUAUACAACAAAAUGCUGUUUUGUCUGUGUUUGAUGGUGCUAAGGCAUUUCCUGUGCUUAUGCAGUGUUUAUGCACAGUAAAUACAAAGUUUCUACCCAGAUGUUUACCGAGAUAUUUACAGGGUUGAACUAUUUACCUAAUUUAAAUCAUUUGUACAGUUGUUUUUCUGUUUGGUGUUUAGACAAAUAAACAAAAAACAAAAAAAUCACUUCUAUUGCAUUCCCUGUGUACAAACCCCACAUAAUUGACGGUCUAGACAUGCAUACAGAUGCUUUCUAUUAUCUAUGAUUUGCCUGCUUGUGACUGACUUCAUACUAUCAUGCCAGCUGCACCAAGCUGCGCAUGUUUGAUCAGCACAGGAGUCCAAGUAGAUCAAUACACUGUCAUGUAGGGUCAUAAUCACUCAUUUGUAUUCCAGCAGAGAGGUUGUGUAGUCUGCUAGAAGGGCAGCAACUCCUGCAGUUUGGUAGAGAGAAAGAAAAAAGGAGACAGGAUUGUUACUAGCACUCAGUUUGCCUGUGUUUUGGUUAGAUUGCCUAUUUUCACUGCUCUUAUCCUGUGCUCACUGUAUAGCUAUAUGCAGUGUGGUCUGCGUAAGUCACUGUCUGCCUCCUGAAAAACACACUGAACGGCCACCAGCUGGAGAAAAGUUGAGCUUUAAUGAGUUUAAUGUGGUUCUUUAGAAUACACCUAAUCUGGGGAGUGAUGUUUAAACUAAUGAAAAUAAGCACAUAGUGUGUCUUUUAUUUUUCUUUCAUGUCAGUUCAUUUCUAUUGUGUAGUGUGCCAGCCUCUUGCAGCAGCAGAACAUAUGUUGCAUUCUACUAUUUCUUUUUUUUGCAGUUGUCAUUUGAAAGUGAGUAUUUGUAUCAGCCAUGAAAGCUGUAAAAAAGUCAUGCUAAUAUGUACACAUAUUUAGUUCAAAUUAAGGUUAAUGCCUCAGCAGAUGAAUGUGAAGUCAGCUUGGUAGUGUCAAACUUAUUAUUACGCACUGUGAAGGUCAAACAUGAGAGGAAACAACAAGCAGCAUAUUUUACAAAUAAAGGGAGACUUUAAGGUUUAAAUAAACCAUUUGAAAUCCUUUCAGUUUCUCUAAAAUGCAAUGUCACUUGGCAAAAGCAAACACGUUUUUGAGUUAUGAUACUUUUGAGAUACAAGAUUUUCACAGGACAGCGACCCCUACUUGGUUGUAGUCCAUCUACCCAACACGUGUCGGUACAUGUCUCUAAGCGUAACACUAUCUGCGUGGUUUUAAAGCGGCAUAUUGAUGGACAGUGUGUUUCCAGUGGACGCCUGCACGCUCCUCUCUUCUGCUUUGCUGUUGCUCUGCACGGGGCUGGUCCUAUGCCUGGGACUCUGCGUGGCGAUUGGAGCUUCCAGGCCGGGCCCUGGAGCCUCCCCUCUCUGACACACUUUCAGCGCUGCACCACCAGCAUGACUUUCACUGCUCUCCAAGGGCGGGUGGUGCACCUUCAGGGAAAAACAAACAAAUAUGGAGGCUGUAGGAGUGCAAGUGUACAGACCCUGUUCAUUUGAUUGUCUCAGUCCGUCAGACCAACACAGUUCAUCCAAGCCCCCGCUGAGCUCCUCGGCCAUGACAUCGCGCAUCCUGCUGCGGCAACAGCUGAUGCGGGAACAGCUUCAGGAGCAGGAGCGGCGGGAGCAGCAGCGACAACAGGCCUCCCAGUACACACAAACUACACAGGCCCAAACGCCUGCCAUCAAUGUCAGUGUCCCGGUCAGUUUACCACCUGCUGCACAGGUCCCAAUGGAGGUGCUAAAGGUUCAGACUCACCUGGAGAACCCAACCAAGUACCACAUCCAACGGUCCCAGCAGCAGCAGGUGAAGAGGUACCUGGGAAAGCUUGGUUCUCAGGCGUUGAGCUUGCCCUGCCCCAACCAGUCCUCUGACCACGGGGGCAUGCCGCCAGGGCCGGGCAACAGUGCCCCUAACAGCCCUAUGGCCUUAUUGACCCUCAACUCUAACUGCGAGAAAGAGAUGGACGAUGUAAUUGAUGACAUUAUUAGUCUGGAGUCCAGUUACAGCGAUGACAUCCUCGGUCUAAUGGACCCAGGACUUCAGAUGGCAAACACGAUCCCUGUGCCUGCUAACCUCAUUGACAUGUAUGGCAAUCAGGGUAUGCCCCAGCAAGGUCUGCCCAUCAGCAACUCCUGCCCUGCCAACCUGCCAAACAUCAAAAGGGAAUACUCUGUUUCACAAUCCCCGGCCAUCAUGCAUAUGCUGGAUAAGUCAGGAUCCUGUGGCAAAUUUGACACCUAUCAAAGGCCUGAAGGGUUCCCUGUGGAAGCAGAGGUAAGAGCCCUGGCAAAGGAGAGGCAGAAGAAGGACAACCACAAUUUGAUUGAGAGAAGGCGACGGUUUAACAUCAAUGAUCGAAUUAAGGAGUUGGGAACUUUAAUUCCAAAAUCAAAUGACCCAGAUAUGCGCUGGAACAAAGGCACUAUCCUGAAGGCAUCAGUGGACUACAUCAGGAAACUGCAGCGGGAACAGCAGAGGGCCAAGGAGCUGGAGAAUCGUCAGAAGAAGCUUGAGCAUGCCAACCGGCAUCUGAUGUUGAGAAUACAGGAAUUAGAGAUGCAGGCGCGGGCUCACGGUCUGGCCAUUGCAUCUUCAGCGCUCUGCUCUGCUGAAAUUGGGGUACGGACCAUCAAGCAAGAACCUGCUCUGGAGGACUGUCACCAGGACCUGUACACACUCCAUCCCCAUCACCAACAACACCCCGCCUGCACUCCUGAAACACCCAGCAACCUCGAGCUAAACGAAGGCCACUCUAACUUCUCCGAGGGCCACUACGGCGUUCACAGUAAGUCGGGCUCCAAACUCAGCGACAUCCUCAUGGAAGACACCUUAUCACCGGUGAGAGGGGGCGACCCUCUGCUCUCAUCAGUCUCCCCAGACACCUCAAAGGACAGCAGUCGCAAGAGCAGUGUAAGCAUGGAUGAGAAUGAGGGUUGUUAGCACCCCCUACUGGAACACUCCUCUCCUGCAUUUUCAGCCCCUCCACCUACUGCUACAAGUCAGUGGCAAACACACUUUGAGCUGCUGGAAAGGCUUUCUUCUGUUUGUUGUCCUUUCUCCGUUUGUUUUACUCCUCCUCUCUCCCACCUGUGUUUACAUGUAUUGAAUCUUUUUCCAAAUUGUUUGUUUGUUUUCUCGUGUUAUGUCUUUUCAAGCCCUUGACCCUGAUUUCAAGGACUGAUUUUUUUUAAGUGUUUGCUUUAAUCAAUACUUUGAUGACAAUGAGUUACAAAAAAAGAAGUUUUUAUAUUUAAAAAAAAAUAUGCAUUUAUCUUUGGAUAGAGGCUAGAUUAUCCUUUUUUUCUAUUGAUUCCAAAGAAUCUAGGGAAAUUAUAAAUCAUGGUCAGAAAUGUAGAUAUUUUGUGGUGAGAUAAGCACUGCUUUUUAAAUCAAUAGCAAUAAUAGAAGGAAAAAGAUCUAUUUAUUACUAUAGUGCUUUACACUCUGUGUGUCUUAGAUUGAACUUGAAUGUGCCAAUGCCUUAUUAAGAUGUGUAUACAUCGUUGUCGUAUUGCUAUGCACGUGUUGGCUGUUAGAGUCUUUGUCAGUCUUCCAGUUGAAAUUUCUUGCUUGACAAAUAUGAAAUCAUCUGUAGAUUAUAUAAAUACACACGCGUGUGUAAACAAGAUGUUAUGAAUACAUUCCCCUUAAAGCUAAUUUAUUACAUGGAGCCAUUAUUAAUAAAUGAAAGCACAUUUAAGAAAUUAAUAAAUAAAAGCUAGAAUCUCUCUUUUAAGAUAAUUACAAUGAACUCAUUACAUGAGAAUAAUUUUAGUCUUUUAUUCAGUGUUAUACAUUCACCACACACUCUUUAACUAGCCAGUGCCAAUUACAGACACAGUAUGUUACCAGUACAUUCCUCAUUGCCAAAACUGCCAAAAUACCCCCAAAUUUGUCUCAAAACUAGUAGAAUAAAAAUAGGCUAUAAAUGGUCUGACAAGAAGCUGUUGUCACUUGAUAGCUCUAGAUUUCUUAAUUAUAGAAAUCUUUAUUUUUUUUUUUAAUCUAAUAGAUGUUAGUCAAUUAUUGUAAUGGUUUUUUUUUUAUCUUUAGUGAUCAGACAGACAUGACUGGUUAAACUUAGAGUAUUCCAGUACAGACUCCAUACUGUAAUACUGCAGACCUGUUAAUCUCAGAUUUUUACAAAUUUCCAUUGAUUUCCUAAAUUAUUCUUGUUGGUUUUUUUUUUUUUUUUGAUAUACCACAUCAGUGACAUUUCACAUUCAGGACAUUUUUUUUCAUGAUGUGAACAUUUAUAUUGCCAAGGAGUAUAAGGAGACUGCUUUGGGAUUUUGUAUGAAAUGCGUGACAUUGUCAAAACACUGGAAUGACUUCUGAUAAUUGAAACCUGGUUUGUUUGUCUGUCUUUCUUUUAAAUCUGAGCACAAACUAACUAUUUCAAAUGCAUACAGAAUCUUGUGAAAAGCUGUGGAUUCUUGGAUGGUUGUUGUAUAUUUCCACAGUUUGUUUUGAACAGUUCUAGCAUGUUCCAUAGGUAUGCCUUUUUAACAACCACCUGCCAUAUACUACGAGCCCUGUUGCAGCACAGCCUCCAUUUUGUCAAACUAUGCAAUGGUUAAAGUUGUGCCUGUAAAGCAGCAUCAUGUCUUCAAAGGGGUUUCUCUUUAUGAAUGAGUCUGAAAUGGUGUCGAGGCAAUUAUCUUUUCAUUUAAGUGCCUUAAACUUGUUUUGGUUUUUUUACCCUGAAGAUGGAAGAGAAGGAAAAAAAAUGUUUUGUUGAUGUUUAUAUUGGUGUGUGGAGCUUCGUAGAGCUAUACUACAAGUCCCUCAAACAAAAGAACCACGAGUAUUGUUAUUAUGGAACGCCAAAGUGUUCAACAUUAAAUAAGGAAGUAAAUUAGGAAAUAAGUCAUUAUAAAUGCAGAGUAAAAUAUAUAAGUAAUUAAUAAUUAUACCCCGACAUAAUAUUUGAAUUAGUGUUCUGUAUUAUUAUCAUUAAUUACUUAGUAUGUUGAUUGACUUAGAAAUCUACUGACUUCUUCAACCGUUGUCUCCACUCCACUGAAGUUGGGUCAUGGUAGCAGCAGUCUGAGCAGGGGAUACCUGAUGUCCUUUCCUCAGCAGAGCUUACCAAUUUCUGCUUGGUUUCACCAAGGUGUUUCGAGGCGUAAUAAGAUAAAUAAUCCCUGGUCUGCCCAAGGGUCUUCUCUCAAAUGGGUGUACACAGAAAACCUCCAAAGUGAAGCUCCCAGUAGAUGUCCAAUCCACCCCAACUGCUUCAUCUCAACAUCUCUGAGUUCCUUCCAGAUAUCCAUGCUCAUUAUCCUGUCUCUAAGGCUGAGCUCAGCCAACCAUACUUUUCUUGCAAAUACAGAUCUACAGAUCUAAUAAAGAUCUGGUUGUUAACUACCAAAGUAACCUCUAUAAGUGCAAUUGGCGAGCCUUUCUUCAAGAGUGCCACCAGGUCCUUAGGUUGCUACUGCAACAGGCACCAAUGACCUUUUGAGCAGAGCUAAUGCCAGCCACCUUUGCAGUAGAGGCUUUGAAUAUGAACAAGAAUGAGCUGCUGAGCCACUGAUUCUUAUAGUGGGGAACCUGGAUGAUCAGGGUAAUAUAUACAGUGAAUAUAUUCACACGAUUUCUGUAAGGAAAAUAAUCAAAGAUGGCUGUCAUGCUAACCUUCUAGAGGUUUUUUUUUUUUCGCUACCAAAAAAACAUGGCCACUAAUCCCAGUCCUGCAUUUACCUGAAAGUGUCGUUGUGCAGUGCUACAGCUUCACAAAGCCAGUAAUGAUGCUGUAGACUAAUAGUGUUAUUAUAUUUGACUUAUUUAUAUACCUAUGAUUAAUAUUCAAAUACUAUAUAUAUUUAUGUAGUACUGAACACUUUGGAACUCCAUAUUUUUAGCUCUUCAUUUAAUUUUUUUCAAAUGACGUUUUACACUGAAAGCAGUGUUUCUUAGGUUUCUAGGUGACAACUUUGAAUGUAGGUCUCAGUAAUAACUGCCAAAUUGUGUGCCACAUGAAGGCAAUACAUUUCUACAAAGACACAACCUGCAAAACAAAGCCACCUUUCUUAGUGGUGUUUAACCUCUUUUGUUAUAAGCAAUAUAUGGAUCGUUACCCAAAGGUUAUAUGUAAAAUGCAAAUAAGUACACGGUUAGAGUUCAGUCUUGUAUGUGGAAAGAACAUUGUAGAGAAUAUGACUCAAGAUUUACUCAACAGCAGCUCAGCUAUCUUACAGUGUUGCCAUCCAAUGAGGAUGCUAACUAUGAAAUCCAAGUUCUUGAACAAGCUGAGAAGUGAACCUUGAGUUAAUGUGUUGGUUUGUUUGGUUUUUUUGUCAUUGAUGAAGCUUCAGUGGACUGUAGAUUGUUUCUUAUGGUGACACAGGUCCAGGGACUGAUUCGAAACAGUACAACACCCACAUACCUGUAACAUGGAUCUGUGGCUAAACGUAGAACAGAUAAAUUAAAUAACCCUAAAAUGUGACUGUAAGAAAAGAUAUAAACAUUACACUAUGUGGUGGCAGUUACUUAAAGCUGUCACUUAACUCGUUUCUCAUAAUGACUCUCUGAGCUGUAAAUUGUUAUGGCAUGUUAUGAAUAAACCACUAAUGAAAAACUAUGGUAUGUUAGCUCAAUUUAGGCCUUGUCUUCUAAUUGUCAUUCCUGUGGUUCAUACAAACAAAGUUCUCUGCUGAUGUUGCUACUGUUCUUAUUGUUACAGUUUAUAAGAGAUGAAUGUAGCAGUAGUUACUGUACCCACUGGUUUCAGAUUAGUGAGCUCAAACUUGAUGGUACUCAAUGUGGAAACUAUCUUGUGAGAAAUAUUAAAAGUUUUAUUUGAA